UCUGGUCUGGGUAUAUAGUCAGCUUAUGAAGUUUUAGUUCAAGUUUUCAAAUAUAUAGAGCCAUGAGUUUUGUUUUUCGAGGAGCAAGAGGUGAUAUAGAAAAUGGGUUUCCAGGAUUUAUGCCUGCGAGGCGUGCAUUGCGUGUUCAUGCAGCACGUCCUAGUAAUUCCAACUCACUCACUUUUCUCGUAACAGUUCUCCUGUUAUUCAUGAUACUGAACUCCCACCAGAUGUCACCAAAUUUUCUGCUCUGGCUAGUGCUUGGUGUUUUUUUGAUGGCUACAAUGCUAAGGAUGUAUGCGACAUGUCAACAGCUUCAAGCCCAGGCCCAAGCUCAUGCAGCAGCAGCCAGUGGCCUUCUUGGCCACACAGAACUACGGUUGCAUAUGCCUCCAUCGAUAGCACUUGCAAGCCGAGGGCGUCUGCAGGGUCUCAGACUUCAGUUGGCACUUCUUGAUCGGGAGUUUGAUGAUCUAGAUUAUGAAACUUUAAGAGCUCUGGAUUCGGAUAAUGUUUCUACUGCACCUUCUAUGACUGAAGAAGAGAUAAAUGCUCUUCCAGUUCACAAAUACAGGGUUUCUGUUCCCCAAAAGUAAGUGAUCAGUCCGAUC